AGUUGUCACAUGAUCAAGUCAUCGGAGGCAAAACAAUCGACAAGGAACUUGACAAAAAUAACGGUAUCAAAUACAUUCCUUAAAUAAAUCCAUUAUAAAAAAACGUUAAACAAAUAGCUUAGGUUGUUUCAUAUAACUUUUUCCACCACAAUCGAUGAGUAUACUAAUACUAAAUACUAAUGAGAGUGACUAAGUCGUCUAAAAGUUUAAUGAAAACUUGACUAAAGAUUAUUACUAAAAAUUAGUAAAAACAAACUAGGCCGAGGCCCAACAAGAUUCUUAUACUAUACUAUACUAUCUAUAAUCUAUAGUAGCCUAUGCCUAUAGUACUAUUACUACUACUCCUAAGCCAUAAAGAAAGAAAAUAGUAGAUUAUACUAUAGGCCUAUAUACUAAAUAUUUGUAGUAAAAGUUUAGACUUAGAGUCUACCACUUAGACCACUACUUUCUACCACUUUCCUCUGAUUCCCAUUUAUUAUUAUUAUUAUAGCUACCCUACUACUUCUACUACUACUACUACUAUUAAAAUAUAUAAAAUAUAAUAUUAAUUUAAUUGCUUAGCAGUAAAUAGAGUAAUUAAAUCAUAUUUAUAUAGGCCUAGUAAUUUACUAUACUACUGUAUUAGACUACUUAAUAAAAUAAAAUCGUAAAUAUUCAUAAUUGAGCUUAACGGCUUAACUAAAGUUAACAAAAAAUACUUUUAUUAGCUUAUCACUUAUCAGCUCUGACUCUGAUAACUGAAAGAAGUCCUCAAUACUAUACUGUUAGCAAGCUGAGUGAGAGACUGUACUGUAAAUAGGACCACAAUGUCUAACUAUGGGACCAUACGAGAAUACAGAGAUGACCCUCAGUUUAGAGAUUACAGAGAUGAGGAUGGGGGAUCUGUGGCAGAGCUCACUGAGCAAAUACGCAGCAAUAUAUUUAAAAUCAACAAUGGAGGUAAUCCUGGCACCAUUUUUACUGUGUAAAAGACAAAUUAAAGUUAUUUUCAAUAACAAAGUUAAUAUCCAUUAUAGCUAGCAAAGCAUGUGACCUAAAGUUUUUGAAUAUUCUGAAUAUAUAAUUGAUAUUAUGGUAUAAAUAUGUUAGACUUGCAUUUACAUUUUUUACCUUUUGCCCAUUUAUUACAAUGGAUUAUUUUACCACAGCCAAUACAGUGGAACGUGCCAUGAAAAGCCUUGGAACCGACAGAGAUAGCGAUCAACUUAGGGAUAAGAUGUAUGUUUAUUUUAUUUGAAAUUGAACUGUAUAAUUUUCCUGAUUAUUCAAUGGUCACUAUGAAAUUCAGAAUGCUUUUCCAACAAAAAUCUCCAUCAUAGGUGCAUUUCAGAUAUCUUUGUCUCUGGCUACUGUUGCAUGCAGUUGUUGUGGUGAACUCCUUCACUUCACUUUUCACUCAAUGUUCUCUGGACACCAAUUUAAGUGAUUCCAAAAAACGUUUUGUACAUUAAGCAUAAAUAAAGACCGGGAAGAUGGUUCUAUUUCAUUCAUUGAUAUUUAUGAAAGGUGGGUCAUUUAUUCAUUUUCUGAUCUGUCGACCUUCAAAAUUCCUAAUUUUAGUUUCUCUGUAAUAAGUCCAUAUUCGAUGCGCAUUAAAUGCUUUAUUCAAAGUGUUAAAAUUUACAAACCGUUUUAUUGGGCAGGCCUAGAAUUAUAUAUAUAUUUGCAGUAGAUAUAAGCUAUUUUGUGUUGCUAAAGUUUGUUUACAUUUUUUUUCCGACCACCAUAUUUUCAUCAGAGAUCAUACUUUUCUUGCCAAAUUUUCAUGGUUGGCUCCACUAUCUCAAAAGACAUACCUGUGUUGCCACUUUGUAAACCAUGGGGAAAAAGGAUUUUCUAGUCUACACAAAUCACCCAAAGAUAUUUUUUUUCAAUAGUAAUUAUCUUUUCAAAGACUAAAGAGAUGUAUUCUUUUUUCAUCUUGGGGAUUGACUGAUUGGAAAAAAAUAACCUCCUGUUUGUUUGCCGUUUCGUAAUAUAACACAUUGUCAAUAAACAAUUAUAAUCCAAAACACACACACACAAAAUUAUGGCUUCCUAAAGUUUCUGAUGUCAGUGAGCAAUACUAAGAUCUUUUUGUUUUUCCCAAGUCUGGAGGCAAGAUUUUGUCGACGGGGGCUAUUGUUCCGUACAAAUUUUACAUACAUUAUGCGGAAGCCAUGGAUCAUCUUGAUCUCCAAAUUUUGGUACCAAAUAACUUAUCAUAUUAUGUUCUUUUUUCAAACUUGGUACACAUUUCCUACAUCUUGAAAAAUAAAUCCAUAUGCGGCUGUUUCAUUAGAUCAAACGUGGAAACUUUAGAAAUUAAAUUUAUGCAGUCUAAUAAAAUCAUGAUUUGACAUCUAAAUAAUGUUUGCAUAAUUAGUUGAAGGAGCAGAACAAAGUUGAUUUUUUUCCCUUGAACUAUCUAUGGCAAUUAGUAUAGCAAGGAAGAAGACAAAUGUCUUUUUGCCCACACAAAAUUUUGGUAAUAAAAUACAUAGAUUUCCCAUUUAAAUAAUACUUUAAUAUGAUAUCCGGAUUCAACAAAAUUAACCUUGUAAGGCGGUGGUGCUCAACCUUCCUAAUGCCGCGACCCUUUAAUACAGUUCCUCAUUUUAUGGCGACCCCCAGCCCCAAAAUUAUAUUCUUUGCUACUUCAUAACUAUAUAGCAUAUAUGUUUUCCGAUGGUAUUAGGCGACCCCUAGGAAAGGGUUCUGCGACCCCCAAAGGGGUUGCGACCCACAAGUUGAGAACCACUAUUGUAAGGCUUAACUUGUAUAGAGAAAACUAUGUUUUUAAAAAUUCAAUAAUUUCUUUAAAACUAGAUGAGAUGCCCCAAAUAACUCUAGGAACAGACCUAAAACUCAAGGCACCAAUAAAACUGUAUUUUUUUGAUGGCAUGCAUUAUUAUUUACUUGUCUAGGUUGGCUGUUGUAUUCUGACUUCAGUGGUUGAAGUAUUUCACACAGGAUUUACCUUCUCCCCAAGUCUAGCUGCCUCGCUUGGCUGAGGAUUUAAUCACAAAAUGGACUAUAAGUGAUUUAGAUGUAGCACUUAUUUUUUUUAAAUUUAGAGAAAAAUGUAUUGCUGAAUAAAAUGAAAAAUGUAUAAAAAUUUUUAAUGUUAAUUUUUUGUGAGAAAUAAAUCCAAUAUUAUUUUGCACGCAGACAUGAGACUUCACAGAGUACCAAUAAGGUUGUGCAAAGUACUACUCGAUUUCUUCGAAAAGCUGCAGGCAAGCCAGCAAAUAAGGUGAAAUUGUGUUUUUUCUUCCUCAUAAAACUGGGCAUUGCAAUUGGUUUUAGAUUAAAUACUUCGUAAUGACACCCUGUGCGUUGCAAGAGGUUGUAGAUGAAUUAACUUUGUAAUGACUUAUCAGUGACUUGUGCAAACUAUUUGUGAUCUUUAAAAAAAAUUAAUUUUCAUUUAAUAACUAACAAUAUGUCACAAUUUUUUUUUUAAAGGUUGCGUACAUGUUCAAGGUUUAUUUCAUUGUCACUGAUUAAUUUUUCAUUUAUACCACAGCAAGAAAAGAUUCAAUUGGACCUUCUAAAGAGUAAUUUUCAUGAUGCAUGUACAAGAUUUCAAACCCUACAAAAGGUAAGAUGUAAUAAAAUGUAUAUAAAUCUUAACUGUCAAAUCUUUUUUUUAAUUCCUUUAUAUGAACUUCGUUUUUGUGUUUCUUUGUUGUUGCAAAAUCUUCGAAAGGCUAUUUCAGCCACUUGCCUUCAUCCUAUCGAGCUGAAACUUGGCACAUUGACUUGAUGCAGUUGACAACAUAUACGAUCAAAUUAUCAGCCCUACCCCAACCUGACAAAAAUCAGUUUUUCCUGUUUUUAAAGGGGUGGGGAAUGUUAAUGACUUGUUCAAUGGUUGUGCGUUUUGGUGUGGAGAUUAAUUAUGUAGCUGUUGCUGUGUGCCUUGUGUUUGUGACGUAUUUGGGUUUAAAUAUAUCUUUAGUCUGUUAGGUUUUACACAUCAGUCUCUACAAUCACGAAAAUGAUAAACCAUGUGCAAUUACAUAAUAAAUGCAAACAAAAAAUGCAUAAAAAGGAUUUGUUUAAUUCAUCUCAAGUUUGUACUAAUUCUUUGAUAGUUAUACAAUUCAAGUGCUCCAGAAACAAUGACAGCUGUUGAGCUCUAUUUUACCCAUGCAUUUUUUGCUCAAGCUACUUUUAAACCAUUUUUUACUCCUUAUCAUUUUGACAUUUUAAUGUGAAUCUUUCUUUUGGUUAAAAAAAAUAGUAAUUUCCAACUUGUUUAUCUCAGAAAGCUGCAGCUAAAGUAAAAUCAUCUGUAGUUCUUGGAAGCCAGUCCAAACAGCCCCUGGUGUCCUUUGGUGUGAGUCUAACAGAUUUUGAUUCUGUGUUAAAUCAGACAUGUUUUGUUUGAAUUUUAUAUUGUAGAGUUACACUGAAUUCUUGUCCUAUUUGAAGAAAGUAGAUAAGUUUAAAAAAAAUAAUUUUUUUUAAACUCAUGGCAUUAGUAAAAUAGCUCUUGAUAGUGCUAAAAGUACUUAAGUCAAAAAAUAUACAGGUUGAGCUAAUCAAGUUCAAAUAUUCUUUUCGUCUAUAAAAUGUGAUCAUUUUUCAAAUUUUGUCUUGUUUAAUUAAAGGACUUAGCACAUUUUACCGUGUUCAAAUGUCUGCAGUAUACUUAGCUAAACCGGAUAAGAAAAGGUCACAGUUUAGAUUGAUUUUGACAAAAAUGUGACUUAAGUACUUUUAGCACUAGGGUCUUCAAUUACUUUCAGAUAGUUGUGGGUCAGUAGCUUUGUAACUAUUCCUGCAUCCUUUCAGACGCAACAUAAUAUUCCUUUUUUAAAACUAAAAUUUCCUGUAAAGAUAAUCAGUUAUAACACCAUUAUUAAAAUCAAUUCAUCCAGAUUUUUCCAUACACUUUAAGAGAAUGUGGCCAUUAAUUGCCAAGAAAGUAAAGAGCAAUAAAUAAAACAACAACAUAACAUUUGCCCUUCAUUCCUACGUCUUAUAGAUAAACGAUUGAUACAAGAUGAAAUGUACUUAUACACAUAUAGAUGCUAAAAAAAAACCACAACAGCCUACAGAUAGUUUCUCUUUACUUAGUGGUAGCAGCUUGAAGUCUUUGGCGGGAAGCAUGACUUCAUCUGUAUUGCAAAAUGAAAAUAAGAGGUGUGCCUUGGGAGGCAUUAUGUCGCGUCUAUCUGGACUUUGUUAAAUGUAUUUGUUCACAACUAACCGCAGGAUCAAGCUCAGUUAACAGAGUAAAAAUUAUAAAAGUUUAUAGCUAAUAUCAUUUUUAUUUUUUCUGCUUGCACCACAACUAUCUAAAAUGCUUCUCUUUUCAAACUUAUUGUUUUAUCUCAGUUCUUUUGUUAUUUUCUGUACAGGACAAUGAUGAGGACCACACGGUGGCAGUAGAAGAGCAACUGAGACGUACACAAAUAUUGAAAGAACACGAAAUCGUCAUUGAGGAUGACUUAGCACUUAUUCGAGAAAGAGAAGAGCGGAUUCAUCAGCUGGAAGUAAGCUUAAAUUUUGGCUUAUAAAGAGUAGACCAGUGGAUAAUAAAGCAUUUAAGUUUGUUGUUUUAAUAGAUAAAAAAGGGAUAGGCAAGAUAUUUUUAUUUUACUUUUUCAUUAAUUAACCUCAGUUCAAAUUGACUUUGAGAAAUGAAGUGAAUGUGUUAAUUUUUUUCAGUUUUAUUUUGUUCCAAGCACCAUAUUUAAAAUAAUGUAGGAAAAUGCCUCUCAGAUAAACUUUAUUAACAUAAAAAUUAAUGAGGCAUCUCUGAAAUAUUUAUUUUCCAAAACCUCUUUAUUAAUUAAAAAAAAUUAUUUUUCAGGCCGACAUUCUUGAUGUGAAUGAGAUAUUCAGAGAACUAGGAGCUUUGGUUCACACACAAGGAGAGGUCUUAGGUAUGUUUUUGUUGGGGCUAAUUUGUACUGGUGUGUGCAUGUGGCGCACAUCAGUAAUGUGUCUAUACAGGACAGAAAUGUGGUGCACAUAAAAAUUAGUAAUGCUUCUAUACAGGGCAGCAAUGUGUCUGCCUCAUAACCAUGAGUUACAGGUUUUAAAGACAUUCAGCCUUUUCCCAAGACAUGGGGAGUUACCCAUGAGGCUGUAUAUAAACAUUGUCCUAUCUUGAAAGCUAUUCCUGGGGGGUGGGUGGAAGCUGGCAAAACCUGUUAGACAAACUCAACUGGCAAAUUGGGAAGAAGGCAGCAGGCAGUUUAUUGAUGGAUGAAAAAUCUGGCAGCAGGUGGUUUAUUGAUGGAUGAGAAAUCUGAUAACUUUUUUUUAUCUUGGUGUACACACAAAUAAACACACACAAACAAACAGACACAUGCAUGCAAAGAAACAUAACCAUAUAAUUUAGAUAACUUAGAAAUGAGGUUCAAAGUACAAGAUGACAAUAAUUUAUAUUUGUAUUUGUGGGAGUCUAACUUUACUCAUCAGGAGAAAGGUUAUUUUUAUAUUUAAUUUUUUGGGGCUCUCUGUGUAACUAACUGCUACUGCUAAGAAUAUUCAAUCUAUCUUGUUAAAAUGAUGACAUCAAAUGACAAUUUUUGUAAAUCUUCACAGACACUAUUGACAGCAAUGUUGAAGUGGCCUACUCUAAUGUUGAGUCUGGCAAUGAACAACUCAUAAAGGCAGCUGAGUACCAGGUAAAGAAAAGUGCUUCUUUCAGUAACUUUGGCAUCUAAAGAAUGGCUACUUUCAGUAACUUUGCAUUUAAUUCGCAUUAAAAAAUACCGCUCCGUUAUAGGGAAAUGACCACACUUUAAAUUAUGGAAGGGGAGCUUUAAUUUCCUUAAUUAUUUGAAUCAAUCUAGGACAAUACAAUGAUCCAAUUUCGCUCAUCCAUGUUCUGUCAUACCUCUUUUUCAUUGAUAUUAAUUUGCUGUUUUUUUUAUCCUAUUAGCUUAGCUGUUGCUUUUUUUAUCAGGGGAAUCUUUUUAAAAAUAUUUUAUUAGCUUUUUUGUUUGUUCGCUGUUUUUUUUUAAACUACAGAUCAGCAUAGAUGGUUUUUUUUCCCCCCAGUAUUAUUUCAUAAUCGGUACUGAUUAGAAAAAUCUAUAAAAUUUCACUGUUUCAUUGUGUGUUCAUUUUUUCUCUCCCCCAGAGGAAAUCCAGAAAGAAGAUGUGCUGUUUGGUUGUGAUAUUCCUGGUCAUAGCAGUCGUCAUCACCAUUAUUGUUGUUGUCAGCAUCAAAGCUUGAGUUGGGGGUUGUUUUUUGUUGUUUUUUUUUACUCAUAAGCCACCUCAAUUCAUGUUUUUAAACUUUAAUGAUUUAUUUAGCCGGUGCGAACCGAACGAAACAAAUAUGAAAAUGUAAUUAUAAAGUAUGUAUUUUAUUGAAAAUGAAAUGCUUAUGGCGCAGUUUACAGGGUGAAGUCUAAGUAAGACCCUGAUGCUGCCUUUAUGUUAUUAUUGUAAACGCUGUGCCACAGAACAUGGAUGUUGAUGUAUUUACAGGUUUUGGAUUAUAGGGCUUGCUUUAACCACCUGAUUUGAGUGAGCAGGUUGAUUUUUUUUUAUAUUUUAACUAAUUUGAAACAAAACAUUUCAAAGGAAAUGUGUAGUGAGAACAAUGUGGUAAACCAUGCCACAUGUUUUCACUGCCACAUUCUUGGAGGGUCCAACCACAUUAAUUAAGUUUGAUAUUUUGUAUUGAAAUAUUUUUUUCAAUUGUGUGCUGUCAGUGUGUGGUCAGCAAAAUAAUACAAGAUGAGAAAAAUGGUCUUGAUGUUUUAAGACUUCUCGGCACCGCCGGCAGCCGUGCAGAUUGCUAUUUUUUUUAAAAUCUAAAUUUUAAAUAGAUGAAAAGUUAGAAAAAAAAUUUGUUAGGUAUAGUUUCAUUCAUUAAAACUAAACUUUAUUAAAUUUCAUGUCUUGCUAUGGAUUCUAUGCUUAUAUUGCUAAAAACUUGGGACUUCAUAGUACUGUUCCAAAAUUUUUUCUGCUUAUGAGAUGAAUUGUAUAAAAUAACUACUUUUUUUCUUUUGUUGAAUAUUUCCAGCACCCUUAGCCUCCCAUGUGACCUGCAGAUGUUAUACUUGUACUGGGUUUUUUUGGGGUUCCUUUUUUGCCUUAUUGAUUAUUGCUCGUAUAUUCCUUGAUUGUGAUAAAUGGUAAUUUGCGCUCCUUUGUAGCUAGCAACAGUUUUAAAUUGGCCUCCUGUCAAGGUUAUGCUAUUCCAUUGCUAAAUUUGUUCCUACUUUCUAUUUUUUUACUUUUAGCUCAACUAACGCCAAUUGUGUACAUUAAUUAUGAUUGAAAAUAUAUAAUAGUAAAUAAUGUUGAUUGUCUAUGCAUUAUUAAUGAAUAUAAGUUAAAUUCCUUGUCUGUUAAAAGAAAUUAUUUGGUCCUGAGAAAGCAAUUUUGUUGUAUCAUAACAUCAUCCAAAGUACAUAAUUUAAUAACUUUAAAAAAUAAAAAAAAAAUGUAAAUCUCUCAAUUUCUCUUUCACUGUUCCACCAGACAAUGGUAGAUAGAAAUGUGCAAUACUUGAAUCUGUGUUAUUAUCUUUGGCGAUUUUAAGGAAAUUCUGUUAUAAAUUUUAUUUGAGCCUCAUAGAUAUGGGGCUCAGGUGUGUUUUUUCCCCCUGCAUCAUGGAAUUGAGCAUCUUAAUAAUAUAGUUAAAAAAUUAAGCUAGAUAUCAAGUAGAUGGCUCUGUCCCAAUUGCUACAUGAUCAAAAUGUUCUGUUUCUAAACUUCAAAAAAAAAUUUUAAAUUAUGAUAUAAAAUAUUUGUAAUUAGGCCUAUUUAUUAUGCCUUUUAAGUGAAACAUAUAAUUUUUAAAAAAUUAUAAAUAAAACAUAGGCAUGAAUUUAGUGGUGUUUGUUUCUAAAAAUUGAAGUUUGUCCAUAGCCUGAAGUAAGCCCAUCUACAAUCAGUAGUCAGCAGCUUUUUGAACCUGUCAUAAAUCAUAGAGUUGGAAGAAUUUCCAUAUUUCUAUAAGUAUAUACUCUCUUUCCGUGCCUACGUUCAAAAGCAGUAUUUAUUUGUCUAAAAAAAGUUAAUUGAAUCAGCAGAAAUUUUUUAUAAAUUUAAUGAAAAAACAAAAGCAUUGCUAUGAUUUAAAAUCAAACUACAUUUAAAAAAUAAUAAACAAGCCUUUUAGAGCAGGGGCGGUGAACUAUGAGGGGGGGGGGGCAUCUUUAUUCUUAGCCGCUAUAAUCUAUAAAGAUGCACUCAAAAUAUUUUGGAGUCCCUGACCAAGAGGCAGAGAGAGUCCGCGAUUAUCCCCAGUCUUCUAACAUCUUAUUCUGACAAAGCAAUUUUGUUAAGGAGGUAAACCCAAAGUUAAAAAACAAGUUUGAAGACAGUGGCCAAGUUGGCUUGGUACUUAUCUGACAUAAAAACAAAAUUAUCAGUGUCAAAUGAAACAGAAAAAUAUUUACCAAUAAAUCACAUUUAAUAUCUCACCAGUUUUAAACUCUUUUUUUUUAAAUCUUAAAAUUAUCACAUGUGAAAAGAGUUUGAUUAUUUAAAUAAAUAAAUAAGUUCUGACCAUUCGUUGGAAAUGUAACACAGUUCAAUAUAAACAAUAAUUCUUCCCACAAACUAUAAUUGCUUUGAGCCAACUGGACAAUGCCGCCGUGGAC